CUCACGAUAUCGCCGGCCAGCCUUUCUUUUAUAUUCUCUCUCACUAUCUCUCUCUCUCUCUCUCUCUCUCUCUCUCCCCCUCAUUUCAUCUCUCUGUCAGUUACUUAUGUCGAUCAGUGAAUAGAUUUUAAGUGAAUUCGCGAGAAAGAUCAAAGUUUGUUCAAGAAGAGAUGGUGCGCGUUCGACGAUGGCGGAUUGAAACUUAAUAAAGGAGCACGCGAGCGCAUGUGCAUGCUCUUCUUUUAUCCAUUCGAGAGGAAUCUUCUUCUCUCAUCCCUGAAAGAAUAGAGCUAAUAACGCGUCUUUUUCGACGCUAUUUGGGUGGAUUCGAGAAGAUGCCCUCUUCGGCCUCUUCCAGAGGGAAGCUCCUUCUUAAGAGAAAUAAUAACAACGAGGAGGAAGACGACGAGGAGGGUGAACGUCGUGUCGAAAAUAGAACGUUCUUACCGCUGAGGAUACGUUCGUCGAGUUUCGGGCAUGCGGAAGGUGUCUUCUGCUGUUUCUUCUUCUUUUUUGGAGACGGCGAACGAGAGAAAUUCGAUCGAGAAGUUUAACUCGUCGAGAUCAAUCUUCCGCAGAUUUCAGCAUGUCUCAGGCAUCGUUAUCGAACGAUUUGGAAGGCACAAUGAACGAUUUGGAGGGAAGCCAGCAUCAGCAGCAGCAACAGCAGCAGCAGCAGCAACAACAUCCUUGUCAAUGCUCGACGAUGAGCGGCAUUAAUUCGAUGAGGACGCAACGGGAGAGAACGGAGAGAAGCGUGGGAAACACAAGGAUCUCGAGCGGUCAGGAAAUUCCUCGAGGAUUGGAGGUACUACAGAGUGCGUUUGAGCCGUUAAGAAGAUUGGACAGUCCGAUGUCUCAUCAGGAAACGCAACAAUUGAAUUUGGAAAAGGCGAGAAACGUCGAGAUUUUGGAACAUCAAAGUACGCCGCUUUCGCGACACGCUCGCAACGUUCCGUGUAGUCCAAGAAAUUUGGAUCUUUCGCGAAAUCUUGCCUUCGAGGCGGCGAGAAGAGUCCAGGAAUCAUCGAAUUUGCAGGAGAGUCGACAAAGUUUGACGUCCAGUCCUAGUCAUCCGUCGGAUAUCAAUACGAAUCCGAUGGAAACGUCGGCGAAGGAAACGUCGGAAAAACAAUUGGACGAUCCCUGUGGUUUGUCUCCGAAGCAAAACAUCUCGAAGGAUAAAUUGAAAAACAUACAACAGGUUUUGAACACCUAUCAGCAUCAUCGAAUACCUAUCAGCGGGGAAUCUAAUACGCCGGAACGGAACGUUCAUGGCCAUUUUCACGGCGAUUCUCACGUGCAUUUACACAAGCACAAUGUCGAUAACUCGAGAACCAACGCGAAUCUAGAGGCGAGCGAUGGUCUUAAGGGAUUCCAGCAGCGACAGCAUAGCCAUCAUCAUCACGGAACAGUAAAGCCCUCGAACGUGACUCAUCAUCACGGGCCCGCGAUGAUGCACCAUGCGGGGGGACAUCAUCAUGGAAAUCUCGCGACCGGCUUGGUCGGUCACAUACAUGGAAGCUCGACGACGGGUCUAAAUGGAUCCGGCAACGUUCCGCCGACGAUCAAUCACGGCAAUACGGCUGGCGGCAAUAAUCCAAAUUCUCAUCAUCACGCUAAUCCUAUCGCCACUACGACGACAACGAUGGUGACGACGGUGACGGCGACGGCGGUGACGACGACAACGACGAUGACAACGACGACGACGACGACGUUGUCGACGACGACGAUGACGGCGACGACAACGACGACGGCAUCGAUCGCCGGACAGAAGGGUUCACCUAUGGCGAGUCAUCGUCAUCCUACCGUAUCGAGUGCAAUCAGCGGUGCCUCUUCUAACUCGAGCAUGAUGAAUCACGGUGGAUCGCCGAGCGUACAUCGGCACGUAGUAAACGCGAGUGCCAGUUUAUCGGCUACUCCAUUGGUCGCUCGACAUCACGGCAGUUCGACCGGUAGCUUGACCGGUCGCUCGAGCAUCAAUCAUCAUCACGUGAGUUCCGGUAUCUCCUGCGAAUCUUCUUCGUCGAACGCGAAUACCAGGACUCAUAGCAGGCUGGAUCACGUUCACGAUCAUCAUCAUCAUCUGCAACAGGUCCACUCUUUGCACCCUGACUCGAGAUCGAGAGAUAGAGCAGCCUCGUUAGUUCAUCCUCUCGAUGAACAUCACGGUCAUCAUCACGGGCACGUCCAUGCUCAUGGUCAUCCUCACGUGCAAAACAACGAUACCAAAAAUUCAUCCCUGAUAAGGGUGGAUGCGAUCCAGGUGUCAGCACCGUCGAAGAACAGCAAGUGUCAGUGUCACGCCGUACAACAGGCUAGCGGGAACAAAAGAAGUUCGGAGGGUGAGACCGACGACGGUGGAAUCGUCGAAGUAACAUCGAGGACUCAUCAACCUCCGGCUCUACCUCCUCGACCACCUCCCAGACCAACGAGACGUUACGAGGCAGCGACUGCCGAUCAAUGUCAUACCGGUGAAGGUGGCUGCUGCAAGAAAUAUGUCGUUCUUUGUUGCCUUUGCGGUGGGCUCAGCGCGGCAGUCGGUAGCCUCUUUUUGGCGGUGCACGCUGUCCUUUCAGCCCACACGGCCAGUUUGGCGCUCUUCGAGACCGUACCAUCUUACAUUCCUGGCAUAAUGUUGAUACUGAUGGGACUAUUUACGAUGCUUCUGGCAAGGCGAAAGCACAGAUACGGUCUUUUGAUGAAAGUCUGCGGCUCGGUUGGCGUUGUGUGCGCCCUGGUCUGCGUUCUUGUGACGGUCACUACGACGGUGAUUCACAUGUCCCGAUUGCAAGGUCUUCGAGAAUGCGUUUAUACGGAAAGAGCCAGAUCGUGCACGUGUUACGGUGCACCGCAAUCGAAGGGAGAUCCCGGUGUACUGUUCGAGGGUACUCCGCAUUGCGAAGCCGUUCACGGCGCCCUUUACGCUUGCCUGAGAGCCCUUUUCGGUGUCUCGGUAGCUGGGAUACUUGCCUGCAUAUUCUCUUGCAUGUUGGUUUAUCAGUUACUGAGUCACGAAAAGAAAAAGAUGUAUUGGGAACAGCUGGAGCUCAGAUGCAGAUCGUUGUACGGUCAAGGCGGGCCGGUCGGCCCACCGACCGCUUCCUGCGGAUGUUGCAACGAUUGCGGCGGGGCCAGUCCGUGGUGGGCCCAAACGCCAGGAAAUCUCUACACGCCGAAUCCGGACUUGGCGCCUUCGAGACGAUGGCGAUUACCGUGGUCUAGAUCGAGAGGACCAGCGCCGAGUCCCGACUCGAAUUACGGCUUCCACACGCAAACGAGACAGGCCGAGACUAACGCCGACAACGCGGCUGGCCCUUAUAGCGUCCUAAAUUCACAGUCGAGCGGCCCUUAUUCCGUUCUUAAUACACCCAAUGGACCCUAUACGACGAGUACAGCGUCUUAUAGCGUUUUGGAGACACCGGUUCCUCUCUGGGGCCCGCCGCCGCCUUACAGCGAUCCAAACAGUCCAGCUCGUAGGCCGCAAGUCACGGAUGCGAGACCGAGGAUGAGCAAGAGAAUCGACAAUUUUGACAACAACGAAGAUCACAGAUCGAGAUCGACGAAACGUCCCUCGGACAAUUACGAGAAUGCCGAAGAGAUAUCGAAUAGUACCGAUCCCGAGGGCGGAAACGACGGGACUAUGAAGGGUAGGAGAGCUAGGAAACCCCUGAAAGGCGUCGAGAAUGGAGCUUUUCAACAGGAACCCAAUCCCGCUGCGAAACAAUCCGAAAGCGAAUUGUAUUUCGGCGAUGUUUCCUCUUGUUGCGGCCCGGAGAGUAGCUUCUAUGAUCUGGCUGUUGAGAAAGAAGGGACCGAACAUUCGGAAGGGGUGGAUUAUUUGGCAGCUCGUUUGGGCAAGCGACAGCUGUCGAAACGAUCGAGACUUCCUCUUCCGUUGCCCUCGGACGGUGGCGACAUACCGUCCGAUAGUUAUGCCAAUAGCGACGAGCCUAGAAACGUUAGGGGCCCUUUUUUGGCACCCGAUGCUCAAUACGAGGUCAUUCAGCAAGCUCGUUAUUCGUAUUACGCGCCGAAAGAAGACGAAGAGCUUGAGGAAGAGGCUGCCACGUCGAGUUACUUCAGAGAAGAGGAGACUGAUCGUCCAAGGGACAGGGAUUACAGGGACUAUCACAGCGGUCAGGAAGAGGAAGCACCUCAGUGUUGUUUGAGCGAUUCUACGACCUUGGAUUCUGGCUGGCAAAGUGCCGAGCAACAACAAUCGGACGAUAACGUUCGACCGGUUAACGUGUAAUCGGUUUCCCUUGCUUUUUUCUUUUCUUUGUUUCUUCUUUUUUUUUUUUCUUUUCUUUUUUUUCGGAAGGAGAGAAUCGGAGGAUGGAGGUGGAGGAAUCGCGUAUUUAAGAACGAUUUGGAUCAGUUGAGAAGAUCGAACGCGAGCAAACUUUCGUCGAUCUUUUUCGUUCGUAUCCUCGAUCUUCGACGAUGGAGACUGAAACGACGUUGCCAUAUAUAAAAUUAUUCUUUAAUGCCAAGGUGCGCGCUAUUUAAUGUAUUCAUUUUCGAUGGAAGACGUGAUCAGUCUAGUUAGAGGAAAUAGUAAAUAACGUAGAGAGAUGUAGGAUAAUUAAUAGUGAAUUCAACGAUGUCGCUCAUGGUUGCUCGUAGUAAUCGUUACUAUUAUUUAAGUAUAUCGUAAGAAGGAAAGUUACACCUUUAUUUUCUAAACGAACAUUGUAAUAAAAACCAACGAACGAAAGAGGCUUGUCCGAUGUACUAACGAAUGCCACACGUAGACGCAACUGUGACUUUAAUUAGGUAAUUGUCGCGAAUGGGUUAUUGGUGUGUGGUCUCCGUCUGUGUGAGUGCGCGUUUGUGCGUCGCUCAUUGGACCCUUCGACGAUCCUCGUCGUCGUUCAUCCGAUAUAUCGCUAAAGGAAACGUCCAUGUACAAAAGUGUGCUUUACUCUUGCCAUUAUCUCGUUAGAUGUUUUAGCCUUAAUUAAUUCGAGCGCUUAUUAAUUGUUCUCGAUAAAGUCGUUAUCGAACGACUCUUACCGUUACUUACGAUUAGUAGUCAAAUAUUUUGUUUCAAUGAACGCGUGCGCACUCGUUUAAAAAAAGUUCUCUCGCGCUUUAAGAACUCGACGUUGACGCGCUACGUCGCUCAACAAUCGUUACUUUCAUUCGAUUUCGUUCGACUUACCAAGCUUUUAAUGAUAUAUACAUCUUUCGGUGCGUAAGCAAGUACCUACGUAAUAAACACAUACGUACUGUACACAAUUCAGGUGGACCAAGGAUAACGAUCGCGUUUAGGAAUAGGUAGAAAUAUUAUCGAUCAUCUAUUUCCCGUUGUCGAUCGUCAACAAGUUAAACUCAUAAAUGGCAUAAUUUUAUAUCGCAAGGAAUAGAUGAGAAGGAGAGAACUAGACGCGCAGGUAGAUAGACAAUGAAAAAGGUUGGAUAGUUGAAGAAAUAGUUUAACGUUGUUUACUCGAUGAAGUGUACCUUAAGAAAGAGAAAGGAAGAACGUAGAUAACAGAAAACCCAAUGCGCCGCGAAACAAUGUAAUUAACGAUUACAGAGAAUAAAGCUUUGUUUUGUAAGAAAAA